AUGGAGCCUUCCAGAGCGCUUCUCGGCUGCCUGGCGAGCGCCGCCGCCGCCGCCGCCCCUCCGGGGGAGGAUGGAACGGGGGCCGGGGCCGAGGAGGAGGAGGAGGAAGAGGAGGAGGAGACGGCGGCGGCGGCGGCGGUGGUCGUCCCCGGGGAGCUGAGCUCCGACACCCCGCUGCCCUACUGGACGGCCGUGUUCGAGUACGAGGCGGCGGGCGAGGACGAGCUGACCCUGAGGCUGGGCGACGUGGUGGAGGUGCUGUCCAAGGACUCGCAGGUGUCCGGCGACGAGGGCUGGUGGACCGGGCAGCUGAACCAGCGCGUGGGCAUCUUCCCCAGCAACUACGUGACCCCGCGCAGCGCCUUCUCCAGCCGCUGCCAGCCGGGCGGCGAGGACCCCAGUUGCUGCUACCCGCCCAUUCAGUUGCUAGAGAUUGACUUUGCGGAGCUAACCCUAGAGGAGAUCAUCGGCAUUGGGGGCUUUGGGAAGGUCUACCGUGCUUUCUGGGUGGGCGAUGAAGUUGCCGUGAAAGCAGCUCGCCACGACCCUGAUGAGGACGUCAGCCAGACCAUCGAGAACGUUCGCCAAGAGGCCAAGCUGUUUGCCAUGCUGAAGCACCCGAACAUUAUUGCUCUUAGGGGAGUAUGCCUGAAGGAACCCCACCUCUGCUUGGUCAUGGAGUUUGCUCGUGGAGGGCCUCUGAAUAGAGUGCUGUCUGGGAAGAGGAUCCCGCCAGACAUCCUGGUGAACUGGGCUGUGCAGAUUGCUAGAGGGAUGAACUACCUACAUGAUGAGGCCAUUGUCCCCAUCAUCCACCGCGACCUUAAGUCCAGCAACAUAUUGAUCCUGCAAAAGGUGGAGAAUGGAGACCUGAGCAACAAGGUUCUGAAGAUCACUGACUUUGGCCUGGCUCGGGAAUGGCACCGGACUACCAAGAUGAGCGCAGCAGGGACCUAUGCUUGGAUGGCACCUGAAGUCAUUCGUGCCUCCAUGUUUUCCAAAGGCAGCGAUGUGUGGAGCUAUGGUGUGCUGCUGUGGGAGCUACUGACUGGUGAGGUACCCUUCCGGGGCAUUGACGGCUUAGCAGUGGCUUAUGGAGUGGCCAUGAACAAACUCGCCCUUCCUAUUCCUUCUACAUGCCCAGAACCUUUUGCCAAACUCAUGGAAGACUGCUGGAAUACUGACCCUCAUUCGAGACCAUCUUUCACAAGUAUCCUGGACCAGCUAACUACUAUAGAGGAGUCUGGCUUCUUUGAAAUGCCCAAGGACUCCUUCCACUGCCUGCAGGAUGACUGGAAACAUGAGAUUCAGGAGAUGUUUGACCAACUCAGAGCCAAAGAAAAGGAGCUCCGCACCUGGGAGGAGGAGCUGACACGGGCUGCCCUCCAGCAGAAGAACCAGGAGGAGCUGCUGCGGCGUCGGGAGCAGGAACUGGCUGAACGGGAGAUCGACAUCUUGGAACGUGAGCUCAACAUCAUCAUCCACCAGCUGUGCCAGGAGAAGCCCAGGGUGAAGAAACGCAAGGGCAAGUUCAGGAAGAGCCGGCUGAAGCUCAAGGAUGGCAACCGCAUCAGUCUUCCUUCCGAUUUCCAGCACAAGUUUACGGUGCAGGCCUCCCCAACCAUGGAUAAGAGGAAGAGUCUUAUCAGCAACCGCUCAAGCCCUCCUGCAAGUCCCACCAUCAUCCCUCGCCUCCGAGCCAUACAGUUGACACCAGCGGAGAGCAGCAAAACCUGGGGCCGGAGCUCAGUCAUCCCAAAAGAGGAGGGAGAGGAGGAGGAGAAGAGGGCCCCAAAGAAGAAGGGGCGGACAUGGGGGCCAGGAACAAUUGGGCAGAAAGAGCUGGCCUCAGGAGAUGAAGGAUCCCCUCAGAGACGAGAAAAAACUAACGGCCUAAGUACCCCAUCAGAAUCUCCACAUUUCCACCUGGGCCUCAAGUCUCUGGUAGAUGGAUACAAACAGUGGUCAUCCAGUGCCCCCAACCUGGGUAAAGGGCCAAAGAGUAGUCCUGCCCUGCCAGGGUUCACCAGCCUUAUGGAGAUCGAGGAUGAGGACAGUGAAGGCCUGAGGAGUGGAGAGAGUCAUCUGCAGCAGUCACCUAACCAGUCCUACCUCUGUAUUCCGUUUCCUCGAGAGGAUGGGGAUGGCCCCUGUGCCGACGGAAUCCACGAGGAGCCUACCCCAGUCAACUCAGCCACCAGUACUCCUCAGCUGACACCCACCAACAGCCUCAAGCGCAGUGGUGCCCACCACCGGCGCUACGAGGUGGCUUUGCUCGGCUGCGGGGCGGUUCUGGCAGCCACAGGCCUAGGGUUUGACUUGUUGGAAGCUGGCAAGUGCCAGCUACUGCCCCCAGAGGAGCCUGAGCCACCAGUCCGGGAGGAGAAAAAGAGGCGUGAAGGUCUUUUCCAGCGGGCCAGCCGUCCUCGUCGGAGCACCAGCCCCCCUUCCCGAAAGCUCUUUAAGAAGGAAGAGCCCACACUGUUGCUUGGAGACCCCUCCGCCUCUCUGACUCUGCUCUCCCUCUCCUCCAUCUCUGAGUGCAACUCCACCCGCUCCUUGCUGCGCUCUGACAGUGAUGAGAUCGUGGUAUAUGAGAUGCCAGUCAGCCCUGUUGAAGCUCCUCCCUUAACCCCCUGCACCCACAACCCCCUAGUCAAUGUCCGUGUGGAACGCUUCAAGAGAGACCCCAACCAGUCCCUCACUCCUACCCAUGUCACCCUCACGGGUCCCCCACAGUCAAGUGGUCACCGACGGACUCCUUCCGACGGGGCACUUAAGCCAGUGGCUCUGUUGUCUAGCAGGAGCCCCUCCAGCAAUGGAUUGAGUUCCAGUCCUGGAGCAGGAAUGGUAAAAACUCCUAGUCCCAGCCGAGACCCAAGUGAAUUCCCCCGUCUCCCUGACCCCAACGUGGUCUUUCCCCCAACCCCAAGGCGCUGGAACACACAGCAGGACUCUACUUUGGAGAGGCCUAAGACUCUGGAGUUUCUGCCUCGGCCACGUCCUUCGGCCAACCGGCAACGACUGGACCCCUGGUGGUUUGUGUCCCCCAGCCAUGCCCGCAGCGCCUCCCCCGCCAACAGUUCCAGCACAGAGACCCCCAGCAACCUGGACUCGUGUUUUGCCAGCAGCAGCAGCACUGUGGAGGAGCGGCCUGCUCUUCCAGCCCUGCUCCCUUUACAGGCAGGGCAGCUGCCCCCCGCCGAGCGGACACUGCUGGACCUGGACGCCGAGGGGCAGAGUCAGGAUAGCACCGUACCGCUGUGCAGAGCGGAACUGAACACUCACAGGCCUGCUCCUUACGAGAUCCAGCAGGAGUUCUGGUCUUAGUGAGAAAGCGGUCAGGGUGGGUAAGGGGGAAGGCAGAGGAGAUAGAGAUAGAGGGAGCUGGCUGGCACAGUCCUUUCUCAGAGUUGGGCCCCCUGGGAUCCAGCCCUGCUUCUUGCACUGAUAAUGCACUUUGAAGAUGGAAGGGAUGGAAACAGGGCCACUUCAGAGAGUCUGCUGUCCCGCAGGAUCUUUCCUCCCAUGUCCACUGGAAGAGCUGUUGCCAUCAGCUCUGGUUACACGUAGAAGAGGAAGGGGUGCGUGCAUGUCCCCUACCCUCCAGUCUUCCUCGCCUUUAGGGUGACCCUGCAAGGUCACUCAGCCAAAUCUGUCUGCUACUCUUCCUCGGUCAGAGCUGUCUUUGGGGUCCUUUUGUCAGCCCUGAAUCCCACUUUCCCCACAGCAGUAUUGGAAGCUCUGUGGUUGUCGUUCCUCUUCCGCUUUUUCCAAUACCCGCUACUCGGAACCUUGUUUGGUGUGAGAUGAGCUGUCCUGUGUUCUAAGCCCUUUUGUGUGAGCUGCAGUAUGGAGGCAAGGUGGGCCUGUUACUACCUACCUGCACUUCCAAGUGCCCCACCCAUUUAUUUGAGGCCACAAGUGGCAAAGGGCAGUGGCUCAGUAAGAACGGAGGUGCUGAGGUUGGGGGCAGUUAGGACAAACACCGUCAUUUUGCAGUGGAACAGGUUCUGUAGUCUGUCCUCGGUUGCUCAUGGUUUUGCUUUUGUUUGUAAUGUGUAAUAGUCAGUGAAGGGCAGAAAGCAACACCUAGUGAAGGGGCCCAUCUGCCCUUGUUAGGCAGUAGUUACAUCAGGCUCAGAUAUGAACAUAUUCAUCCCAGGAGCAGCUUCUUGGGAGACUCCCUCAUUGGUGCCUAUUCUGAAGUCAGUCACAGUCCCAGCAUUGGCCUCUCCUGAUGAGUCUGUGUUAUUCCCUCUCUUUGUCUUUGCUCUAGUCCCUGGAAUCAGUGGGAUUUUGUUCAUGUAUAGUUAGCAGACACUCAGCAAUGCACCAGAAUGGCUUAUGGGAGAAGGGGUUCGGGACAAGGAGGCUCGGAAGAGUUGGGGGUUCCUUUUAUACCAAUGUUGUUGAAGUAAGAUGGAUCCCUUUGUGAUAUCUUAUAUAAUUGUAUACAGUAAUAAUUCUGUUUUUAAGGUGGUCAGUGAGCUACCGAUGUACAACAGCCAUGAGGUCCCAAGCACUGAGCUGGCCAAGGCCACCUGUCUCCGCCUAGGGGGUCCCUUGUGCUCAGCUCCCCUGCUGUGACCUGGGUAGGAAGGACAACAGAGGCCAGUGCUGACUUGUCUGUUACUUGUUUCCCCAACAUGAAUGGUGAGCUUCAUCUACGGCUUUCUUACAUCUCCCUGCACUGUCUGCAUACUCUGAGCCUUGCGUGUCACGUGUACCGUAGCCCGGAUGUGGUAGCGUCGGCGUAGUUGGCUUACGCCCUCUUCUUCCCCUCAAGACUCUCAGCGCCGCCCCAUUGCCUUUUGUCAGGGAAGAUUCUCAGAGACGUUGGAGGUCUGCCUGCAGGUUGCUGUCUCAAUGCCCAGACAGGGCAGGCUGGUACAACUGGUGCAGGGGGCAGAUCUGGUCGUGCUCUUUCUCUGUAACUGUGAUAGAAGUCCUGGCCUGGGGAGCACUUGAGAGGUGACCUUAGUUUUCACGUUGUCCUUGUUUCAUGAGCCCAUCUGCCCUUUAGCUCAAGCCCCGCCUCACCGCAGGCCUUGGACAGGGUGCUGCCGCUCGGGUGUUGCCCAGGGCUUGGCCGCUGCAUCUCAUCUACCCUCUUCCUUCUGUGAAAGUCAGGUUGUAGAUUGUCUUUGCCCUCGUAGUCCUCCUCCUCAGCCAGGGAAAGAAAGACUGACUCCUGUGAGCAGCUCCAGCCAAGCCAGUGAGAGCCCUUCAUUUUUGAUGGAGGGAAAGACAUAAAUAAUGUUUAUGCCCUCCCCCUGGGUCCCUAAGCCGCGAGCACAUCUGUAUGUCCUUUGCUCCACUGCGCAGUCCUCAGAUCAGCUGCAGCCGGCUCUGCACCCUGUUCUAGUAUGACGUGGGCUUUGACCCACCUUCUCUCGUGGAUCUUUACUUUCUGCCAUCUUUCUUGGAAAGAUAUGGUAUAACAGAUGUGAGGUGUGUGACAGCCACCUGCUAUUGAGUGAGAGACUAGACCUAGAUCUUAGUCAUCUACCCUGGGGACAGACGAUUGAAGGCUGGGUCUUUGCUAAGGAAAUAAUUGCAUGUGACAGAAGCAAGAGCAGAGCUAGUGUGAGAUGCUGCCAUGAGCACAUGUGAUGAUGGGAGAGGACCGUCUCUCAUCUUCCUGUGAUGCUCAGCUCCCUGCCUCACUGGUGCAAAUCUGGAGGAGGGAUAAAAGCCAAGAAAGUAGCAGUUUGGGGUGGCCCGGCCUUCCCUUCACUCAGGUUCCUUUUCUCUGUGGCUAUGGUCAAGAGCAGACCUUGGAGCUGUGGGUGAAGCCACGUGAGUAGCUGCAUCCAGCCCUUACUUCCCCUUUCUCACGACAAGGUCCUCCGGCUCUUGGCAGAUGCUCACUGCAGGGAAGAUGUGCCAGGAUCAGAUACUGUUCUCUGCCCCAUCUUUCGGGUUCUUCAGCUCUUACUAUGGUUCUAAAUUUGGUCGUUCUUCAGGCCACUGACAGGAGCUGAGUAGAUGUCUCAGCCGUCCUUACGUUAGUUCUGGGAGGCACUGGUGGGAACCCUUGACUUGGCAUCCCUGGGGUCUGGCAGGCAUGAUAGUAAAAACAGGGCUUGCUUUUCUUUCUGACCUUUACAGAAUGAUAUCAUUUUCCUUCUCAUUUGAUACACUUUCUAGUACAGAGGUGUUUAAAGAUGAAGAUGCAAAUGAAGAGAAACCCAGGUGCUGUCUGGAUGAUUGUUGGGUGGGACCACCAAGCUCUGAAAUGAGACACGCUGGCCCUGUUCCUGUGUUCUGCUUUUGCUGUGUGACCUUGGUCCUGUCCUCAGCCCCUCUCAGGUUUCUGUCACCUGCCUCCCUCACAAGGGUAGUAAGAGUGUAUCAGAGGUCAGUGAAGCUCUGUGGCUCCCUGCCAGCUCCCCAGGGGAAGCUGCUCGCCUGAGCAGGGUGACUGUGCUGAAGCCAGGUGGUCCUCACCACCUUUGCCUCAGGGGACCUGGCGUCUCUUUCUUUGCCUUCUGUAAAGAGGAGUGACUUCAAGCUGGCUUCUUAUGACUAAUGGACACCGUGGCUGGGCACGUGCUCGUCUGUCACGUUGUAUAGCCAAGGUGAUGACACACAUCCUUUGCUAACUCCCCCACUUAGCCUGGCCAGCCGGGCGUCCUCGCCAUAUGUGUCUUACAUGAGCCAAUGGGAAUCAGAGUGACAGUUAGCUGCCUGCUCUCGUAGGGUCUUCCUUGGGGUCAGAGUUGGUGAGCCUGGAAUCAAGCCAAUUCCUGGAAGAAUCUUUGGGAAAGGGUCCCCCGUCCAGAAACCAUCAUUUGUUAGAGCCGCUUUUUCCCUCCGGCCCUUGGUGCUCAGGGACGUAAGGCAUCCCAGGGUGGUUUUGCAGCCCCACAUCACAGACCCUCUUGCAUCAUGGGAGUGAGCAUUUUUAACUCACUAAGCUCAUCUUCCCACCCUCCUUUCUUCAGUAUUGAGACCUUGCAUAUGCUUAGCAAAGGCUCUACCACUGUCAGGCUCACUUUUAACAACAAAUGGCCCUGAAGCGGGCCCUGAAGGCUGGGAGGCUGGGAAUGGAUUUACCUCAGUGUUAAAAGCAUCUGCCUAACCCCCACCAUGAAUGCAGACCCUUGACCCUUGUGUCAUGUGCUUAUCUGAGACUGUGCCUUUAAGCAGAUGUGGGAGGGAGGUUCCAGUUCAGUAGGUCAUCACCUGUGGAGGGCCCUGGGUGAAGAAACAGGUCCUAGUAUUAGUGCAGUGCCAGACUUUCCCUGGGGACUUGGCCCUACUGUGGACCUAGGGCACUGCAGUCGGCAAGCGCCCGGUAACCUUGAGCUGUCCCUUCCUAGUUGUAAAUCUGCCAAGGUCUGUCUCACUGGGCAUCAGAAGCUCACCUAGGAACUGGGGUUGAUGCUCUGUUCUCUGUCUGAAGUCCUACCUUCAAGUGUCCCAUUCUAGUCAGGUGCCGUGAUAAGUGCCUGGAGAUCCAGCUACUCAGGAGGCUGAGGCAGGUCAACAGCUUGAGCCCAGGUGUUGGGGGCCAGCUUUGGGCCACAGCAGAGCCCUGACUCAUCUUGUUCAAUUGCUUCCCUGAAUGUAGAAAAACACCUCAGUGUAUGUAAAACUGUACGUCAGAAGGUUUGCUAAAGGUCCUAUGGCGCAUUCUCAUUUAUCACUUGCCUUUCUGCUUGGCUUAACUCACUAAGCUCAUCUUCCCACCCUCCUUUCUUGUCGAGAUAAAAGUGUCACGAUAAAAUGACUGUUGAGAACACAUUCCCUGCCACCUCUCCUCUUUCAGGAAAAUCAGUGUCCUUCUUAGAUCAAGAAUUAUAAUAAAAAUCCCCAUAUAAAAGGAAACCCCACAUAGUAUUUCUAGGGAGACUCCCUUUGCCUCUGCUUUUCCCUGGCAAUGCCCAGAAACUCAACAGCUCAGUGUUGAUGGCAGAAGGCAGGAUCCUGGCCCAGGCCUGGGUGCCUGGCUGGCUGUGAAGGCCAAGGGAGCUUCAUUGGCUUUGUCUUGAGCUGUUUCUAAGUAUUUUCCCUUGAUCCUGAUGAUAUGGACACCUUCCGCCCCUUCCUUUGCCCGUUUCCUGUCAUGGGAACUGGAGGUAUGCAGGCCUUUCCAGACUGCCGAAGAAGCCCUGACCUUGGCUCUGAGAGUUGUGCUGCACUCUGGUCUUUCCUGAUCUUUCCAUCCUGUUUCCCAGCAUCCCCUUGGGCCUUGAGUUGGGAAAGGAAAGGCUCAGGGCCUGACCGGUUACCUGAGCUGGGAGUUUUUCCAUACCUUUGUUUCCUUGGAAACAGGCCCUGCCUUGCUCUGACCCAUGUCCCCUUUUAACUACCACCACCUGCCCUUAAAGGUAAGUUUCCCUAGGCUGAUUGACAGGUGUGGACAGAACAGAACAGCUAGAUGGGCGUCUCCCAACAGGAUAUCGGCAUGCAGUUGCAGUGGUUUCAAAGACCAGGGCUUCCUAGUGGGACAUGUCAGGCAGACGUCCGAGAAUUCUGAACUCAGGUCUGAGCGGCGGCCAGAGAACCCCACACAAGUGAAGGCCCACAGAUGGGGUUACCUGCUCUGUCCUCUCUGAGGUACAAGGCCAGACUUCAGAAGUAAUCUUUUGCCCACAUUAGUGAAAUCUUUUAACACUUGCCCACACAGCCUGGCUUAACAUUUGGUACUGUGCAUGUGCAUUGGAAUAGUUUAUCCCUUCAUUACUGAGUGAAUUUUUUUUUUUUUAAUGUCCCAUUGACUUGUACAUCCAAGGCCAGUGCCUCCCUCCCCUUCCUUCCCUCCCCUCCCCUCCUCUCACCCUAGCCCGGGGCCCUGCCCGCCUCUCCCCUGGACCUGCAGCUGGGGCUCAGGCAUCAUCCCGGAGCAGGUCUUACGCUUCGCCCUAGUUGCCGUUCCCCUGCAUGCAGUCCUAAGUGAGGUCACUUUCUGAGAACACUCACAUGUAUAGCGAAGCACCCCAGCUCUUCACUUUGGAACUGGAACUGGGGUGACUUUUCCUCUGCGUUCUUUGGCUGCCUUUCAGGCUGUCUGACACCCUGAGGCCACUCUCUGGGUGUUUCGGUUUUCUGGGAGAAGGAAGGUGAUUGCUGGAGAGAGAACCCAGGCGAGGCUGGUCUUAGCCUCUGGGAGUUACAGAGAUGAUAAACUAGUAAACCCGCGUCCACUCUUCUCUCCAGACCGCCACAGGGCCUCUGCGUGCAGGUCUUCCCCGGCCCCUGCCUGCCUGCUAGGCCACGCACCCCAGCCUGCACUCGCCCUGCACACCUCCACGCCCUCCCUCACACCCUGCCCCGCUGGUGCCCGCCAUCGUCAUCUCACUCAGCAUUUCUUGACCUCCAGUUGCAAAGCCAUGCUGGCUGUGGCUCCCCCUCCCCCCUUUUCUUCUUUUUGAGAUAGCAUCUCAUGUAGCCAGGGCUGGCCGCAGACUUGUUAUGUAACCCCUGGCUGCUUGAACUCUUAUCACCUUCAGCCUCCCAGGUGCUGGCGGUGCAGUGCAUUGCCACAUCUGGCUUGCUUUUCUCAUUACUGUCAAAAGGAGGCAUGGGUUUAUUCCAGUCCACAUAUGUAGACCAAUAAUAAAAUUUAAGAAACCACUGUAUUUCUUCCAUGUGGGAGCUAGGAACUUUAUAUGUACAUAAUUAUGACUCCUUACAGUAAUCCUGGGAGUUGGGGAUUACCUCCAUCUACAAAUAUGUAAACUGAGGUGUGGGUGUUUCUGUCGCUUGCCUGGGGUCACACAGCUGGGAUGCAGGUUGCUGAUCUGCUUGGUUCCAACACUGUCUCUAGCCUCUGAGCACAUUUCUAGAACACUAUGGAGAAGCCCCGAGGUGAAACGGGCUCUGCGAUGCUCUGAACUCUCUCCCUCUGUCCAAGGAGUUGUGCGCCUUGGCUCGCCUGUGAUCCAUCUGCCUUUGUGACUGCAAUGUCACCCCUGCGGGCUCCUGCUGGCUGCUUUCCUCCCCUGCCAUUCCCGCUACUUGAUUCUUCAGGGGUCGGUACCUCUCAGUAACGCCUCCCAGCAUCCCUGCCUUUCCUCUCUCUAGCCCUUUACUGCCCUCACACUUCCUGUUCCUUGUUACAGCUCCACUCACCUCUCUCUCAGCAUCGUGAGCUUGGAAGUGUUAUUGUAGCUUUGUUUCCUCCUUGAGAAAUCAGGCCUUUGCCUUUUUGUCACAUGGAGACACAUGCCUUGGUACCUAGCUGUAGGAAAGCAAAGAGGUGAUGAACUCAUGAACUUCUCUGCUGCUUUUUCUCCCUCACUCACUAUCUGCAUAUUCACCCCUCCCUCCCACCCACACACAUCCACACAGAGUGUAGUCCAAGGCUGUCUGUAAGAAGAUCUUAAGGAAGAAAUUGGAGAUGGGUUUUAGUUUACCAAAAAGCUUUCUUUGGGCCUUUCCUUUCCCUUUGGGUCUUAUAUCUUAUAUGUUUGUUUGUUUGUUUGUUUGUUUGUUUCUUUUGUCCCUCUGUAUUUAGCUACCAGUUUCUAGCCCUGGGCCUUCCCUGCACCAUCUUGUCCAUGUGUCUUGAGCUGUUUACUUUUAGAGUUUAAGUUAUUGUAUGUCAUCAACAAUAUUUGAAGAUGGAAAAGUCCUGAAAGAAACUUAACAGAUUCUUUCCUUUGGCUUUUUCUUGUUUUUCAUUCAAGGUACUGUAAAUUGUUGACAAGGGAUGCCAAGCAGGCUUGGUUUAGUGGCUAAGCCUCUUACUGUAUUACAGUAUAAUGCUGAUCUCAGCCUGGUCCCAACACCAGAGCACACAGAGACUUGAAUAAAACUGUCCUAAUUA